CCAUGGUGCCGAACAUUACGCACAAUUUAUAUACACAUUUUAUUCACUGAAAACGAGCAAGGGGAGAAUAAUUAAAUUUGGAAACAGCCAAUUAGGAUAUUUCUCUGUUGUUAUAUGGCAAAUCGGAGUAAAAACACGUGGAUCUGUAGAGCGGCGUCUGGUCUUCGACGCACUUGGCAACCCUUGUCGCGACGUACAUAUACUUCUUAUUCGGAAAAAAAUUGUAAGAAUUAGCUCGGUGGGCGACUUUUUGCUCAAAACGUUGAAUUUACCCAAGAAUCUCAAUCUAAAAUCGCAUUUAACGGUUAAGAAACUUAAUAACCGUUAAAAAACCUAUGUGAAAGUGACUUUACUCUACUAUACGAACCAAAAAAUCCAAGUAAAAAGCAACUUCCGCAGACGUCAGCAAGUGCCACAUAAAAAAGAAAGAAAUAGAUGGAACAAACAAAUAAACAGGGCUGAUUCGAUAAACAAAACCAAGGAACAAACCAAGUACAGCACAGGACAACAAAAUAGGAGCGGCCGAGUGUGCCGUGCUGUCAUGCAUUUUGUUACACAGCAGCGGGCACAACAGCAGCACCACAAGUCCUCCACCUCCUCGUCGAGCUCCUCGCUGGCCUCCAGUUCCUCGUGCUCCGGAUCGGGAUCGGGAUUGGGAUCAGGAUCUGGCCUGGGAUUAGGAUCCACCUCCCGCUUCGUGGGCCUGCGCAAGUCCUCCAGCCAGGGUGCCCUGCCCAAGUCCUUGGCCACCGCCCACAGCUUCUUCCAUCGUCCUUCGUCCUCGUCCUCAUCCUCGCAGGGCAAGCACAAGCGCACCGCCAGCCUCAAUGCGACGCCCAUGCGCGAUUCGAUCACCGAGGAGAUCACGAUAACGAGCACCACCACAAACAGCAGUUCGAGCAGCAAACUCCUAACCAUUCAGGAAGCUGCCGGCAGCCUCGAGCAGAGCAGCGUCUCCAUAUCGACGUCCUCCAAACAGAGCGCUUCCACAACAUCCGGCGGCGGAUCGCCACCACAAGUUGGAGGAGCCCCAGGUGCCAAUGAAUCGAAUGGCAGCAACCUCAGCCUAAACCAGGCCGCCACUUCCACUAGUCCUGCCUCAGGUUCCAGUGCUGCGCCAGGUGUCACGCCCAGCAUAAACAUCGUGUCCAGCGAUUCGGGUCGCGAUCAAACGCAGCAGUCGCAGGGCGUCGACUCCAACGGACACACUGCCUCGGGGGACAGUCCCUCUAGCCGGAAGAGCUCCACCGGCUCAAAGGGCAAGCCCAGCCAGGCAAAGCUAUCCACAUCCAGCAGUGGACGCGAUGAGGACAUCUCGCACCACCGGCUGAGCGAUCUCACCCAGCACGAGCUGAGCCUGCUGCGCGUCGACCGGGAUCAGCAGCUGAACAGCAGCAGCUCCACCUCCAACGAGAAGCCGGCCAAGCCAUCAAGGCUAUCGGAGCGGGCCAAGAAGAAGUCCUGGUACAACGUCAUCUAUCCCAACUACAAGUCGCGGGCCGAGGACUUCAAGAAACUCUUCAAGGACGUGCCCAACGAUGAGCGCCUGAUAGUGGACUACUCGUGUGCCCUGCAACGCGACAUUCUGGUCCAGGGUCGUCUGUAUGUGUCGCAGAACUACGUCUGCUUCCACGCGAACAUCUUCAGCUGGGAGACCUAUGUGAGCAUCAAGUGGAAGGAUGUGACGGCCAUAACCAAGGAGAAGACUGCCCUGGUGAUACCCAAUGCCAUUUCGAUAUCCAGCGGCAAGGACAAGUACUUCUUUGCCACGUUCACCUCGCGCGACAAGAGCUUCUUGAUGCUCUUCCGCGUCUGGCAGAACACGCUGAUGAACAAACAGUUUUCGGCGCAGGAGAUCUGGAAGCAUGUGCACACCUGCUACGGCGAGGAGCUGGGCCUGACCACCGACGACGAGGACUACAUCGAUCCCACGCUGGACAACAACGACAGCAACGAGACGGACUUUGACUUCCAGACGGCCAUCGAUGACGAUAGCCAGUCGCAGCGGCAGUCGCAGCAGUCGAAUCAAUCCACCCAGUCGAAUCCCAAUCAGCUUCCCCAGAGCGGCAACAGCAGCGCCAGCAGCGGCGGCGGCGUCCGGGCCUCUGCGCCCCGCAAGUCCAAGACGAAAUACUUCUUCAACUCCUCCAAAUCUUCGGCCAACGCCUCGGCCAGCGGAUCGGAUAAUAACAAGACCCGGGAGAGUUCCCGCAAACUGAACAAGAAGAUGAAGCAGAAUGCCAAGGAGCUGACGCUCAGCUCGGUGAAGCCGACGGAGCUGUCGGUGAGCGUCACCAUGAGCGCACCCAGCGCCAGCAGCAGCAGCACAGCCGGCUCCACCACAGCCUCCUCCUCCACCAUUGCCAACCACACGGGCUCUGGCUCCGGUUCGGGAUCGGUGUCGGGUUCAAACACGGCGGCGCCCAGCGGCAGUGGCAGCGAGAAGAAGGCUGCCGAGAAGAAGAUCAGUACGUCUUCGAACUCCGCCGCUUUAGCAGCAGCAUCUCUGGCCACUGCCACGGAUUCCAAGCUGGAGAUAAAGCGCAAGUUGGGGAAAAAUCAUCGCCAGCGGGAUGAGGGCAAAAAUGCUGCCGAAAGUGUGCCCACAGAUGUCUCCGAUUCGUCGGAUUCCGAGGAGAAUAACUUGCCAUUUGUGCCCACCACCGAGUGUACCUCGACCCAUGAGGGCCGCCAGAUCGUCCACACCAUUCUGCCCAUCAAUGUGGACACCUUGUUCAAUCUGCUGUUCAGCAAGUCCAAGUUCAUAACCGACUUCCAUGCCAUGCGCAAGUCAACGGAUUUGGUGCUGGGCGAGUGGACCAAGAACGAGGAGGGUCUACAAUCGCGCACUGUGAACGUCACCGUUCAAUUGGCCGCCUCUGUGGGACCCAAGACCUCAAAGGUAACCGAGUACCAGGUGCAGCGGGAGUGCAGCAAACCGGGCGAACUGUAUUCCAUAGACGUGAAUAGCGUUAAUGCAGGCAUUCCAUACGCGGACAGUUUCAGUGUGCUCAUACACUUCUGCCUGGCCAGAACUGUCGAUGAUCACACUAUGCUGUCGAUUCACACCCAGAUCAAGUACAAAAAGUCGAUCUGGGGCGUUGUCAAGGGCUUCAUCGAGAAGAACACGUGGGCUGGCCUGGAGGACUUCUUUGGCGCCCAGUUGCAUGCGCUCCAGAGCGAGACCUGCAUUCCGCCGGCCAAGGGAAAGGGACGCAGGCCGAGGAGAGGCAUGAAUCAGCAAUCCGCCACCUCGACCACAUCGACCACUAACCACACAGCGACCAGUACGGACAAUGACAGCAUCCAGGAGGCGCUUCAUCCGCAGCAGCAGAACGAGCAUCACCAGCAUCAGCAUCUGCACAUGCACCAUCACCACCACCAUCACCACGGUAGCCAGCAUCACCACCACGAUCCCAGGCACUCCCACCAUCAUCAGCCUUCGCUUCCCCAUCAUCACCAGCAUCCGCAUCAGCAUCCUCAUUGGCAUCACCGUAAGGCUAUACUUCAGGCCAGCAGCAGAGGUACCGCCACCCAAAUUCGUCCACUGGAGGAGGCGAUCGUUUCGGCCCCGUCCGGUGAUCCCCUGGAGGGCCAAAUGCUGUCCACCGGCGGCGGCGGCAUUCCUACGGCGGCAGUCGGCGCCGCCACCGGUCAUCCGCUGCUGCUCGAGGGCGGCAAGCAGCAGCAGCAGAUGCUACACCACCAGCAGCAGAUGCACCACCACCACCACCUGCAGCCGCACAAGCAGCACCACCAGCAGCAGCAGCAGUUGCACCUGGGCGGCGGCGACGGCCAGCCGAUGGCGACGGGUCACGGGUCACAGGGUCACAGACUCAGACACAAGGGCUUGUGGUUGUUGGUUAUACUGUUGCUGUGCUUGAUGCUGGCAUUAAAUGUGAUAUUAUUACUUAAGCUCUGGAAGCUGGAGGAACGCAUUGACGUGGAUCUCAAUCGGCGGGCUCGCCUGCCCAGUUUGGCGGCCCUGAGUGAGCUACCGAGCACGAACCAGGAAUGGCUGGAACUGCUGCGCGACCAGGAGAUGGCGCACGAGAACGAGCUGCAAAAGUGGCAGCAGGUGCUCCAAACUGCCAUCGAGCUGCUGAAAAAGGUGAGCAUUGUCUGCGAAAAGAUCUACAACGAUGGCCAGCUGCGUCAGAGCAUUGAGUCGAUGUCGAUGGCGGUGCACACUGAAUUCUAAGCAUCUCAUUAGACGGUGAUUAACAGCAGCGAACAGUGACUGCGGCAAGAGCAGCAAGAGCGACCACUAAUUGUAACCUUAACACUCACAACCACACACAUGUAUACUUGCAGUGCGUUUCAUAAUUGCAGGGCAGCUGUAGCGAUCUAAUAACUGAAUUAUUU